AUAACGGAACGAAUCAUGUGGGAUCACGUGCGGGGAAGCUUUCCCCUCCACCUGGCACGACUGACGUGCCUUCUGCUCCAUCAUCAUCGUCUAUUUGAAAGCUGGUCUUAUCAGCGAUCUAAGUGAGCCUUUACGUCGUGCUUUUUCACACGACUCAGCUCUAUUCAUCAUCACAUUCAUUGUCCAUUCCUCCAUAAUCGAACCCUGGGCAAACUUUCAUUGUCUUAGCAAAUCUCACUACUACCCAAAUCCCUACGCGUGCUAAACGCACCUUUACCCCGCAAUUUAAGAUGGCGGUUCCCAUCAGCGAAAUCCCCACCGUUUCCCUCCUUUACAGGCUUCGGCGCUUGAUCCCAGCCUCCUCUCCCUGCGCGUCGCCCUCGAAAACCUUCAACGACACCAUCUCGCUUAUCCGAAAUGACAUCACCAAAUUGCACGACGUCGAUUGCAUCGUCAAUGCGGCAAACGAGACAUUGCGUGGAGGCAGUGGGGUUGACGGUGCUAUUCAUCGUGCUGCAGGCCCAGACCUGUUGAGGGAGUGUCGCACCCUGGACGGUUGCGACACCGGCGAUGCCAAGAUCACCUCGGCCUACAAUCUCCCCUGCAAGAAGGUCAUCCAUGCCGUUGGCCCCAUCUACGAGCUCGAGAGGCGAAGUGGUCCGAAUCAGCCGGAAGCUCUCCUGCGAAGCUGCUACCGGCGCAGUCUGGAGUUGGCGGUGGAGCAUAACAUGAAGAGCAUUGCGUUUUCGGCUCUGAGCACUGGCGCAUAUGGAUAUCCAAAGAGAGAGGCGGCCCGCACUGCUCUUGAUGAGACGCGAAAGUUCCUGGAAAGACCGGGCAACAUUGGACAGCUGGAACGGAUCGUUUUCUGUAACUUCGAAGCUGCCGAUGAGGCCGCUUACGAGCAAAACAUUCCGUAAGUUCCGUCGUCUGACCUUGUUAUGAUGUGACUCUGCUGACCUCUAUUCAGAACUUUCUUCCCCCCCGUAGGCC